AUGUAUAAUCUUAUAUUUUUUGUACUCCCUAACAUUGUUUAUUUAAUUUCUGUUUCCUUUUCUGUAUUGCAGGUUGUAUCUUUAUUUGGCCUGUCAAAUGGUUUGAUGUGCGGAAAGCAAGGUGCAGAUAUCGUUUUUGUCUUGGAUUCUUCCUUCAGUAUCUGGAGAAUACAUUUCCAGGAACAACUAAGAUUUGUCGUCAAUGUGGUCGACCAGUUCCCAGUUGGCAAAAACCAAGGUGACUUUCAUAUCGCAGUGAUCACCUACAGCGAGAACGUGACGGUCCAGUUCCACCUGAAGGACUUCGUCGACAAGGAACAAUUGAAACGGGCGGUAAUGCGAAUUAAGCGGCCGGUAGAGGGCGGGACUUACACGUUCCGGGCCCUGAAAUACGCCCGACAACGAAUGUUUAUCACAAGGAACGGAGGACGAACAUAUUCGGAUAAGAUCAUUAUCGUCAUCACCGAUGGACUGUCACAGAAUACGACAGCGACCCGAAUUAUGCGUUUUUUUAUUUUCUUUCUUUCAUUUAAUUUUUCUUUGUAUCUUCCUCAUAUGUUUUUGUUUUCCGCCACUUCCUCGUCUUCCUCAUCUGUUUUCCCCCUCUUCCUCCUCUUUCUCUUGCUCGUCUUCCUCAUGUGUUUUCUCCCUCUUCCUCCUCUUUCUCUUGCUCGUCUUCUUCCUCUGUUUUCUUCCUCUUCCUCCUCUUUCUCUUCCUCGUCUUCCACAUCUGUUUUCUCCCUCUUCCUUCUCUUUCUCUUCCUCGUCUUCCUCAUCUGUUUUCCCCCUCUUCCUCCUCUUUCUCUUGCUCGUCUUCCACAUCUGUUUUCUCCCUCUUCCUCCUCUUUCUCUUGCUCGUCUUCAUCAUCUGUUUUCUCCCUCUUCCUCCUCUUUCUCUUGCUCGUCUUCAUCAUCUGUUUUCUCCCUCUUCCUCCUCUUUCUCUUGCUCGUCUUCUUCCUCUGUUUUCUCCCUCUUCCUCCUCUUUCUCUUCCUCGUUUUCCUCAUCUGUUUUCUCCACCUUCCUUCUCUUUCUCUUCCUCGUCUUCCUCAUCUGUUUUCUCCCUUUUCCUCCUCUUUCUCUUCCUCGUCUUCCUCAUCUGUUUUCCCCCUCUUCCCCCUCUUUCUCUUGCUCGUCUUCAUCAUCUGUUUUCCCCUCUUCCUCCUCUUUCUCUUGCUCGUCUUCUUCCUCUGUUUUCUCCCUCUUCCUCCUCUUUCUCUUCCUCGUUUUCCCUCAUCUGUUUUCUCCACCUUCCUUCUUUUCUCUUCCUCGUCUUCCUCAUCUGUUUUCUCCCUCUUCCUCUUUUCUCUUCCUCGUCUUCCUCAUCUGUUUUCUCCCUCUUCCUCCUCUUUCUCUUGCUCGUCUUCCUCAUCUGUUUUCUCCCUCUUCCUCCUCUUUCUCUUGCUCGUCUUCCUCAUCUGUUUUCUCCCUCUUCCUCCUCUUUCUCUUCCUCGUCUUCCUCAUCUGUUUUCUCCACCUUCCUUCUCUUUCUCUUCCUCGUCUUCCUCAUCUGUUUUCUCCCUCUUCCUCCUCUUUCUCUUCCUCGUCUUCCUCAUCUGUUUUCCCCCUCUUCCUCCUCUUUCUCUUGCUCAUCUUCCUCAUCUGUUUUCUCCCUCUUCCUCCUCUUUCUCUUGCUCGUCUUCCACAUCUGUUUUCUCCUCUUCUUCCUCCUUUUCUCUUGCUCGUCUUCCACAUCUGUUUUCUCCCUCUUCCUCCUCUUUCUCUUGCUCGUCUUCCUCAUCUGUUUUCUCCCUCUUCCUCCUCUUUCUCUUCCUCGUCUUCCUCAUCUGUUUUCCCCCUCUUCCUCCUCUUUCUCUUCCUCGUCUUCCUCAUCUGUUUUCUCCCUCUUCCUCCUCUUUCUCUUCCUCGUCUUCCUCAUCUGUUUUCUCCCUCUUCCUCCUCUUUCUCUUGCUCGUCUUCCUCAUCUGUUUUCUCCCUCUUCCUCCUCUUUCUCUUCCUCGUCUUCCACAUCUGUUUUCUCCCUCUUCCUCCUCUUUCUCUUCCUCGUCUUCCACAUCUGUUUUCUCCCUCUUCCUCCUCUUUCUCUUCCUCGUCUUCCUCAUCUGUUUUCUCCUUCUUCCUCCUCUUUCUCUUGCUUGUCUUCCUCAUCUGUUUUCUCCCUCUUCCUCCCCCUUUUCCUCUUCUGUUUUCUCCCUCUUCUUCCUCUUCCUCCUCUUCCUCCUCUUCCUCUUCUGUUUUCUCACUCUUUCUCUUGCUCCUUUCUUUUUUUUCUUCAUCUUUUGUUUUCUCUCUCUCCCUCAUCUGUGUCUUUGUCUUCCUCACCUUCCUCUUUUGUUUUCUCCUUUUUCCUCCUCUUCCACUUCCUCAUCAGUUUUCUUUCUCUUCCUCCUCUUCGAUUUUCUCCCUCCUCUUCCUCUUCCUCGUCCAUUUUCUUCCCCUUCCUCCUCUUCCUCUUCCUUGUCCAUUUUCUUUCUCUUACUCCGCUUUCUCUUCUAUUUUCUCCCUUUUCCUCCUCUUCCUGAUAUAUCUUCUUCCUCUUCCUCUUCUGUUUUUAUCCUCUUCCUCCUCCUCCACUUCCUCAUUCACCUUCCUCUUUCUCCUAAUCCUCUUCUUCCUCUUCAUUUUUUUUUCUCUUCCCCUUCAGUUUUUUUCUCUUCAUUUUCUGUUCUCUUCCUCUUUUCUUUUCUCGUUCUUUUUCUUCCGUUUUCUUUCUUUUCUGCUUCAUUUUCUUUCACUGAAUCUAGAAAACUCUUACUUUUUUUCAUUUUUCUCUUUUCUUCAUGUGAUUUAG